AUGAACGACUCCCAACCGCAAUCUUUGCCGCUCACCACCCAUGCCUCCCCAGCCUUGACACCCGCAGCGCCGUCCGAGCAGGACAACAAUCGCUCCCCCGUUUAUCCCGACCUACUGGGUGCUCCGCCCGUCCCGCCGCCAAGGACAUCGUCAACCCACCGCAGUCACCAUGGUUCGAGUGCAAAACCUUCCUCAUCCUCCGCCGAAAAGUCCUCGAGUUCUCGUCACGGAAAGAAUCGAGCCGAUGACCGGAGUGCAAGCCACCGUGAGAGGAAGGGGGAGGACAGCCAAUUUCGCCCGGUGAACGUGCCCGAGGAAUACCCGCAGAGCACGAGCUCCCACGCGCCAGCGGCACCGUCUUCGGAGGAAAACAUGGAAGGUUAUGCAGGCCAGGGCGAGUUGCAGAAGGAGUCAAGCGCAGUGAUCAAUCAGGUCCUGGUGAGUGAUCCGUCUGUGGAUAUCGAGCGGGAGCAGGUCCGGCAGGCCGGCUCAUCGGUGUCCCCAUCGACGGAGAGCGCUCCGGCAUCCGGGCUGGGUUUGGUGGGAAGCGAUGGUGUGGAUGAUGGAGGUCGAGGUGGACUACGAAGUCGGCAUGAUUACUCGGAGCAUGCUGUCAAGCGCAAAGAGACGACGUUCGGUCAGUACAUUCUGGGGCAGACGCUGGGUGAGGGCGAGUUUGGCAAGGUGAAAUUGGGGUGGAAGAGAGACGGCACCAUACAGGUAGCCAUCAAGCUCAUCCGCAGGGAGUCUCUUGGGUCGAAUCCUAGCCGGUUACCCAAGAUCUACCGCGAAAUUUCAAUCCUGCGUGACCUAGCUCACCCGAACAUCGUUCGGCUCCACGAGAUGGUCGAGACGGACCGUCACAUCGGUAUCAUCAUGGAGUACGCCUCUGGGGGUGAGCUCUUCGAUCAUAUUCUGAACAAUCGGUAUCUCAAGGACAAUUCCGCUCGACGCCUGUUUGCGCAACUUGUAUCUGGUGUGGGAUAUCUUCACAAGAAGGGUAUUGUCCAUCGUGACUUGAAGCUGGAGAACCUGUUGCUGGACCGGAAUCGCAACAUUAUCAUCACCGAUUUUGGCUUUGCGAAUACGCCCAACGCCAAGGGUCUGAGGCGAGGUGAUCUGAUGCAAACCAGCUGCGGAAGUCCUUGUUAUGCCGCGCCGGAGCUCGUGGUUAGCGACUCACUGUACACUGGGCGCAAGGUCGACGUUUGGAGCUGUGGUGUGAUUUUGUAUGCUAUGCUUGCGGGAUAUUUGCCCUUUGACGAUGAUCCGGCUAACCCGGACGGUGAUAAUAUCAACUUGUUGUACAAGUACAUUGUCACCACUCCUCUAACAUUCCCGGAAUAUGUGACCCCCCACGCUCGCGAUCUUUUGAGGCGGAUAUUGGUGCCUGAUCCGCGGAAGCGAGCAGACUUGUUUGAAGUGGCCCGGCACAGCUGGCUAAGCGAGUACUCGCACAUCGUUUCCCAUAUCACGAGCAGCACGACCAAGGUUGCGGACAUUGCCACAACCACCGUCUCACAGGGUAUGGAUCUCGCCAUGAAUCCUGCAGGCUCUGCCACUAACCCGGUGUCUCGGGCAGAACCGCACAAGGAAGUGCCGUCGCUGGCACGCAGCGCGUCCGUUCGGGAGCCUCCGAAAACAUACAACAAUAGCCCUGUUCCCUCGGUGGGAGGACUUAUCCACCAUGCAGGAGAUAUUUCCCAAGAGCAGGCGGUCGAACGGUCCAAGACCCCUCGAGACACGAAACGACGAACGGUGCAGGUCGAAUAUGUUGCACCUCAGUCUCAAACUGCGCGGGGCGAGGUUCCUGCCGGCAUGGAUGCAGGUGUCGCGGAGCCAGCUGGGCCGUCGGAGCCUCGACCGACGAGAGCCAGGUCAAACAGUCGACCCAUCGUGCCUAAUAUGCCGUCGGGCACUCUGGCCCGUGAUUUGUCUGGCGCGUCCAACGUGCGGACUGGAGAGCCCAAGGCGGCCGCUGGCCCGGCGCCGGCACCUGUUCCUGGGCACUUGCCUCGCUCGACGUCGGAUGCUUCUGCGCUCACUGGGACGGCACCAACAUCUGCAACUCAUGCCACCCGCCCCACUACCGGUGGCUCCAUGGCCUCGUUCAACGCCGGUCGUUUGCCAUCACGAGGCUCUUAUGGACAGCCGGUUGCACCAACUGUGGCUGCCACGAACGCCCAGGGUCGGCUCGCACAACCCAAGAGCAAGCAAUAUGUUAUCUCCUCUCCUCUCCAGCAGCAAGAUGCGUCGUCCCAACAGUCCAUCGGUCAACCGAGUACACAGCAACUUCCGGCCAAGUUCAACACAACACCCCGACAAGAGCCCCCGAAGGGCCACAAGCGAUCCAACACGGUUUCCAGCAUUGGCGAGAAGCUGUUUGGCCGCUCUGGUUCCAUUUUCGGAGGGCGAGGAGGACAGGGUAGCGGUCCUCGGCAGAAGAAUGGCAAGCGUUAUCCGCCUACGAGUAUGAAGGAACCAUACGGUGGGGAUGACACCCGGAUGUCGAUGGAUUCGCGACGCUCCAUGCAAUACGGAUAUAACCGCAAGACUAGUGAAUCUGGCGUGGAAGGCCGGCCUCGAAGGUUCUCAUUCCUGCCGCCAUCAUUCUCCCUGAAAGGAUUUUCUUCCAGCAGAUCGCAAACUCCUGAUGAAGAGUCGCAAACAGACCGCUCUACCGAAAACCGGGUCGAACCGCGUCCGUCGACCAGUGCAAUGCAGGCGCGUUCGCGCGCUGCUAGCUAUGGGACCCAGGAUGCCAUCGGAGCAGCGCCUGAGGGUGCCCCAGGAGACGAGAUCCUGACCCAGGACGAACCCAUCAACUACCAGGCCCGGAUUGACCAACAGUUCGCCGUACUACACUCCAACCAGUCUGGAAUAUACCAGCCGACCUCUUACAGUGCGACCUCGGCCGAGCAAGUGUACCAGAACGAUAAUGACCAUUAUUAUCGCAACCAGUACGCCAACCACUCGGCACCCAACCACUAUGAGGAGUACUCCGCCCCGUAUGAUAAGGCGCCGCGGCCGUCGAUGCAGGCUGGUCGACCUGGGCGCGGGACUGGCGUUUUACCCAAGAACCACCGCAAGUUUGCAGAUGCGUACGAGUACGAACGCGACUUGGCGCACCGGCCUGGCAGCUCUGGCGCAGCCAGAAAAGUGAUGGAUUUCUUCCGUCGGCGGGCCAAGUCGAGAGCUGGCGAUGACCGAUAG